UCGCUAUUGUUUUCAGUUGAUGAAAAACGCUCGCUCGAAACGGUUUGCAAUCGCGGAGACCUCCCGUGCCUUAAUCUCGGUGCAGAGAAAAAAAAUACAGUAACGAUCAAGAUGAACCACGGGGAGUGAACUAGAUAGUAAUCACAAGAGCUGCAGCAGGAAAACUGUUGGUGAAUUUAUUAGUGAAGAACGCAGUGCUAAGUCACGAAGGUGAAACCAUAAUGGAGUGAAAUGUUCUUCUUCUGAGAGUUACUAUAAAACCAAAGUUCCACAUUAGAAACAGACAACAGAAAGUUUAAAUGUUUUGUGAUUUACUGGAUUACAUUUGCCCACAAAAUUCGUCAGCAAAGCCCGAGAAAGAUUCAAGGGAGCCUAUCCCACAACAGGAGUCGGAGAGCAAGCAGCAAGGCGAUAACCACCCCUGCCAGCAACCGAUAACCAAUCGUCAUGGAUUACAUCGGAUAUACAAUGAACAUUUGUUUAAUUCUUUUCAUGAUUUCCGUUACCGGCAGCCACUGCCAGUAUUACAGCAACCGUGAUAUCAUUCUGACACCACACCAGCUCAAGACCUAUCCGGGCAAGAUUUUGUACUACCGACCCCACGAGUUCACCACUGGUCCGGGGGUCCUGGACAAUGUCGUUCCUGCGCAGCAGGGAACCGCCGUCGGCACCGCCGUGCCCUGGGAGGAGGUGCUAAAGGAGACAGUCUUCCUGGCGCUGAAUGAUAACAAAACAAGCGCAAAGUCAGUCGAUGGCAGCACGACCACCAAGCAGCCAAUGUACAUUAUGCAGCAGCAAAGGGCCAUUUACGGUGCGCCAUAUAUUGGCGCUGUGGAUUUGAGCGUUCCCCGGUUCGGAGACAUUGUGGAGCUGGCCCAUGGAAGGCUGGAGAAGGAAAACGACGAGGCGUACUUCUUCAUUCAAGACGACGCGAACAUUCGUCCGACAGGUCGGAAUGUUAGUGCCUUCUGGAAGGUGGAACGGAUUCGACACCGGGACGAACUGCGUGGCCAUCGGUAUGAGCUUAAGUUCACCGUCGCACCUGUGAAGGAUUUUAUGCUCGAUGAAAAUGCUAUCGUGAAUAGAAGUUUCGUCAUUAGGGAUGAGGAUUAUCCGCGUUACUUUGGACUAUCUGCCCCGAACAUGAUGAUGCCAAUGAUGAAGAAGAACGAUCAAUUCAUCGAGCGUACCGUGUUCGAUCCGAUGUUUCCAUAUCAUCCUGCGUUCGGAAGUACCCGAUACAUUAGACCAACCCAGCCAUCGAUGACACUCGGGGAGUUCCUCUUCCAGACGCUCUGGUCGGAUGAAAGUACCCCAAAACAUCAUCACCAUCCGUACGUAUCGAAUGGAUAUCGACUGGGAAAUAGAGUGAAAUUCCCAGAAAGCUUCACUACAAGUCAGUCAGUUCCGAAGUAUUACCAUCAUAUCCACAUGCAGCGACCAUCAAUCGCCCCACUAGCGCCAACUGCUCCCCCAAUGCCUCCUCUUUUCAAGGAAACUCACUCUCCAGCACCGAGCAACAUUCAGCGAGAUUACACCCGAUUGGUUGACUUCCGAGGAGCAACUGAUAACUAUGAAGCUAGACCCAGCACUGAAAAUAGUAUUGUCUCACAAACUCAAAGACAGUCAACGCCUCUUCUACCGGCGCAACCAACGCACAUUCACCAUCAUCACCAUCAGCAGCAACUACAACAACAACAGUCACUGUUGCAAAGCCAGAAUCAACCCUUCUAUCCACAGCAAAAUAAUCCGCCACCACUUCAACCACUGCCCCAGAACCUCGUCCAAUCAAUUCCAAUCUUCACUCCACAGAACCAGCUAAUGCUGAAUCACAUUCCCAUCUCUCCCAACCACAUGAUCCAGGUAUCCCAGGCUCCGAUCGCGAUCCCAAUUCACCUUCAGUUGCUUCCUCCACAGGGACAGAUCUACCCCCAGCAACAGGACACUCUCCACGCAGUUCCAAUCCGAAUAAUGCAGCAAGGGCCGGUUCACCUUUAUCCACCACCAAAUCCAUACCUGGCACCACAACAUCAUCAUCAUCAUCCAGCCCAUGAGACACCCAGCAGAUAUGUCAACCAAUCGCAUCAGUUCCCUCAGCACUUCCCCAACAGUAUCCCAACCACUUCGAAAGGUUCCAUCACAUCGCAGGCAGCGAGAUAUACUCCGAGACCAUCAACCAGCCCACAAACAAGCCCAACAGCCUCAAAACCACGCUACGUAGCUUUACCAACGGCCCAAGCGUCACCCGCUGGUUUGCGGGAGAAAUUCAUAGCCCCAGCAUUCCAACCCGCAACUAGCGCCGGUGACCCGCACCGACACAAGCAGGAACAACCAGUCACCACUGGGAAUCCACCGAUUGAGUCUGCUUCGCCCAAAUUUCAAUCAUUUGGGAUAGAAAACGCAGUCACACCAAAGAGCACCACCGAUCUGCCAGUAUCCACGGCAGCCGACAACUCGUUCACUCCCUCCAUUGGCUAUUCAUCGUCGAUACAAAGCAAUUUCUUCAGCAACUUCAUUGACGAGCAAAGUUCGCCAAGCGAUGGUGGAAAAUUGUACGCCGAGACGGAUCCCUUCUAUCACAGAACGCCCGGAACAACGCCGAUAUCCUUCACUACCGCCAGUCCACCAGCAUCUACAGCGGUACCGAACUUUACCGCCAAGUUUACAUCACAUCCAGCUUCGUACAAAGGUGUUCCGUCGGCCACGAUUGUACCGCCUCAAAUAGAAACACCAAUAUCAUCAACGCUCAAGAGUUUCCACUAUUUCAACCAUCACGAAAACUUCGACUUUGUCCCAUCGAGAGUUGUCGAGUUAGCGCAUGUUAAGAAAGUUCCCAAGAAGCAGGGUCCCAAACGGAAGAACCCAGCUAACAACCACCAUCACGUGACCGUUACGAGCCAUAAACCGCUGAAGUUUGGCGAGGGUCCAGAUUCCGCCACGCAUCGACCCGAAUCUCAGUUGACCGUCCAGUUGCCACCCCCGGAAAAAGACUUCAAUACCUACUAUACCAAUCCGAAGCAGUAUCAUAAAGCACACAAACCGAAAAACUUCGUAACCCAGUCUUACACAAGCACGACAACUCCGAUCCCAACUUCGCUAACCACGCCAGCAUCUACCACGGCCACCACUUCAGCAUCCACUGGUGGCGGCUUCACCAAUUCCGACUCCACUGAAAAAACUUCCCAAUACCAUUCGUACGUUAACCACAACUCGAAAUCAGAUUACGUCGUUACAACCUUACGGCCCCGUUUGGUCAUCAAGAACGCUCACAACUCUCCGGCCGCCACGUUCACCGAAAAACCCAUACUGAAGUGGAUCCCGAAACGUUUCCGCAACAAAACCAGCACCAGCCCGGCAGAUCAGGCUCCAACGAGCUCCGUUUCCUUGUCAUCUGCUAGCGUCGAACAAGCUUCUUCGUCUUCGUCGGAACGAACGGCCCUAGACGCUAGCAAAUCCCAGACACCAGUCACGCAACCUCCCCAGGGAACAUCACGCCCAAGUCUGGAGAACAAAUUGAACAGACUCCGUGCUUCGCGUGGCCGUUCUCGCUACACCCAACGUCGCGUCACCACUCCGGGAACUCCUUCCGCCUCCCAACAUUCCAUGAAGUUGCACCGGAUGCGAACGAACGGCAGCAGCAGUGGCAGCGGCAGCACCAGCACAACAACCUCAACGAUUCGACCAGUCCCAGGAAUCACCGCAUCCGCUUUCGACAGCAACCGUCUGGAUCAUCUAUCGACAACGGAAGCCGAUGAUCACCAACCAGAGGAAAGUAUCGUGGCGCCGUUCAAUAUCAAAAACGAGAGCAAUGAAAAAUCCAAACGUGACACGACCACCGAAGAAGGAGAAGUACUUCUCGCGCAACCGAUGACCUCCAAACAAUCCGACAGUUUGGACUCAGACUAUCAGAUGAUCAAGGCAACCGUCACACCCGUCGAGACGAACAACAGCAAUAUGGUGCUGUUCGAAGCCAGUGACGCGUUCACACCAACCUUCCACGAAAUCACCAUGUCGAUCAUCAAUCACGCCCGCGCUAUCGCUAACCAGACCGAACGGGAUAGAGAUUUCCAGGACAUAACGCUUCAAACGAACGAAAUUGACCACAAGGAGGAAUUGCCGGAGACUACCAUUUCGAUGUCUGCCUCGAUCGUUGUGGACAGCACGAACGAACCACCGAUAACGGAGAGUACCGUCUUCAGCGGCGGCGCAGACGAAGAGCAAACGAAAGUAACCGUCGCGGGAAAGAACGAUCACGAGGAAAACGGAAGCGAGACCAAGCCGACAGACGACGGGGACAGCAGUAGGAGCGAAACGACUGUUAGUGUAGACAAUUAGCGAGGGGGAGGAGCGUGUGAUGGCUAGUGAGCGGAGAGAAUGAGAGAGCAAACGAUAUUAUAGCUAGUGAUUAAGCAAAUGAUACCAAAUUAAUUUAAUGCGUAACUUAUAAUAUUUAUAUCAAAGUGAAGGGAGAAUAAUGGGAAGAGAUGACAACCAAGAAGUUAGCUAAGUAAUCAUCGGAAUGAACUCAUGUUUGAGAGCGAACAGAAAAGUGUUGGGAAGAUGUACCGAUAUUUUACGACCAUCUGAAACUCGAGAUUCGAACACAACCGGCGAGCUGUGAGAACUAUCGGAGGGAAAAUUUGUUAUUUUGUUUGUGUCAAAAUAAAACAAUAAUUUAUGAUUUCCAAA